UUGGGUGGGGAUGGGGUUGAUUGAGGAAGAUCUUCAUCUUGUUCCAGUUCUGUUUCCGACACAUUGCAUGAGCUGGGAGUUCCCACUGCAUCGGGUUUCCCAUCUCUGACGUGGAGGCAAUGUUGACUCGCUUCCUAGAGAAACACUGCAAGAGCAGGGAGCAGCCUCCUGGAUCACCCUUCCCACUUUCCAUACAUGUGAGGCACACCGAGCCUGGCAGAUCCUGGCUGUGCUGGGGGAGACACUGUUGUCAAACAGCUGCAAGUGGUGUCUGAAGCCACAUCCUGAGCAGAUAGUACUUGUAAAGUUCCCCCACACGGAUGCCUCAGAGGAUGGAAAUGUGUCCAGGAGCCCUGGUAGAGAAAAACGACGAGCUCAGAUGGGGGGAAAGUCUCGGGCCAGGACUGGUUGCCAUGAGCCCUGUUCUAGAUCCAGGCUCUGAGGCUGGUGUGCGUUUUGAUUUCUGAGGGCACCACUUCAGCACAGAAAAACACAAAGUGUUGCUACCCUAGUUCGGAGCAGCAGUCCAUUUAGCACAGUACCCAGCAGAAGAUGCUUUACGGGGUGGGUAUAUGUGCAGGGCAUGUAAGCCAUCCCGUCAGACCCUCCCGAGCAUCCAGCAUCAUUGGUUUUGGGCUCUCAGAGGAUACACCCCUGACCCUUCUAAUCCCAUUGCUCCCAGUAGCCCUGUUCUCCAUGAAUUUGUCUGGUCCGUUUUUUAACCUAGCUAUACAAUCUGCCUCUACGGCCUGUUGUGGCAAGGAGUUCCUCAAGUCAGCUACGUGCUGCCUGCAGAAGUCCUUUCUUUUGUUGGUUUUAAUCCUGUUUCCUGCUCGUUUUAGGGGUGCCCCCCACUUCUUGUUUCCUGGGACUUGGUGAGUGUUCACCUUGUCCACGUUCUUUCUGACAUUAAAGACUCCUCAACCUCCUUUCCAAACGAAGUUGCCCAGCCUUUUCCCUUGCUCCAGGCACAGCUGCUGCUCCAUACCCCUGAUCAUCUUGGUUGCCCUUCUCUGUACUUAAUGUGUUGGUUUUCUUCCUCCGGCUGUAAGUAAUAAUCAUGCUACCUGCAUCCCACAGGUGUUGCGAGGACACCUUUAAUUACUGAGGACUCCUUCAAAUAGUGUCAUUUAGAGGGGUUGAGCUCCAAAGGACAUGGAAAAUGUUCAGUACAGUUGCUUCAGAGGGUUUGGCAAAAUGCAGGAAGUGGGUACAUCCAGCAGUGUGGAAAGCUGAGCUGUCUGUCUCUGCUGCUGCAUGGGAGUCAGCUGGGGUCUGGCUUCAGAGUACAUGAGAUUAGGGCCGGGGUGCACAUGGUUAUUUGUGUGAGGCCACUGGUGUUGUAAUGUCCUUCUGUCCCCAGGGAGUCAGCCUGCCUGCAGCCAAGGAACGGGGACAGCUUGUGUUCCUGGAAGGCCUGAAGUCCUGCUUUGAGGUCCUGUUCAAGGAGGAGCCGCCCACGGGACAACCAAGCCCUCUGCAGUUUAUCAGAGAGGGUGGCUCUAACCUGAAAGCCCUGUACGAGUUUGUCCGCACAUCCCUGACGCCCUCGGAGAGUGAUUCCUGGAAGUGUCCUGUGCUGCUCGUGGAUGAUGUCAGUGUCCUGCUCAGCCUGGGCAUGAGGCCAGUGGAUGUGUUGGAUUUCAUCCAUUACUGCAGGGCCACCGUGUGCUCUCAGCUAAAGGGGAACGUCGUAGUGCUGGUGCACAGCAGUGAGAACUCGGAUGAUACAGAGAAUGAGUUGGUCGUGAACGCCCUGUGUCACCAGAGCAACCUCAUUCUGUGGGCAGAGGGGCUGGCCACCGGCUACUGCAAAGACAUCCAUGGACAGCUGAAGAUCAUUCCAAGGCGGCCAGCAGAGCUGUCCACAGAGAGGGAUCUCCCCCGAACCUACCAGUACAAAAUUCAGGACAGGAAUGUCACGUUCUUCGCCAGAGGGAUGUCCGCGGCCGUGCUGUGAUCUUGGAGGCCUGGGGCAGAGAGGACGGUGGUGCUUAAUACCUGGGAAAACAGAAUGUGGCAGCAGCUCAGCCCAGUCCCUCUCCCAUCACUGCCCCCAAACAUCCUGAUGCAGCCUCAGCCCUGCUGAGAUCUGUCUGGGUGCAGUGAUUCACUUGGCUGGUGCUUGUUGUGGGAUCGGAGCCUAAGCCCAUUCCCUCUGCCCUGCCCUCGGGCCGUGUUCCAGCCUCAGGGAACUGGGAAGAGCAAAAUAUACUGCAGUGAUCAGUGAAUUCCAAAUGCAGAUACAUCGGGCGGGCAGCUGCCAUCUCCAGGCCGACACUGACUGUUUGUAUUGCAGAGAGGACUGGGUGUCUGUGGUGCCAGGCGCUGGGCACAUGGGGGCUAGUCGGUGCCCUGCUGCACUUGCAAUCCAAGGCCUUCCUUUCAUGUGACUGCUAGAAGUUCUGGUGGCAGAGAGCAGCUGCUGGGAGGAAGCCCACAGCACAUGUCUUCUUGAAGGCUCUGCAUAGCUCGUUAGACCUGGGCAGCUUGGCUUAAGCAGCUGUGCUGGCAGGGCAUGGGAGGCACCUUGGCAGGGUGUGGGGUGCACCCUGGGAAGCACCAGCUGGCAAAGGGGCUGCAAUAGCUGGCAGAAAGCUCAGCUGAGUCCAUACAGCUGGUCCUUCCCUGCUGGCAGAAGAAAGGACAUGUGCUGCUGCAACGCGGACACGCUCAUGGUUGGCUGCAUCGACCCCUCUCUCCCCCAUCUGGUUUUGUCUAAUUCAAGUGUGGGCUCCUCACUUUAUAUUUCUCAUUUUGUAUUAAAUACAGAUCCUACUGUUCUUGGCCCACUUUCUCUGCUGGAGUCUCCAGCCAGUUUUGGAAUGCAAGUAAUUAAUCCUAGGCACCACCAGCAUCUGUCUGAGAAAACCCUGCUGGGAGCUCAUCACUCACUUGGCUUUAAUUUAAAAAGUUACAAGCAGUAAGUUAACUGAUACUGUGAUGUGACAGCUGGGGGGUGGCGAGGGCUUGCUUGAGCAGAAAG